AUGGCACCAAAGUAUACCAACAAGCUCGCCAACCAAAGAAUCUUGAUUCUGGGAGCCACCUCAGGAAUCGGCUUCGCCGUGGCUGAAGCUGCAUUUGAGCACGGCGCCAACCUAGUGAUCUCGAGUUCCAACCAGAGCAAGCUCGACAAGACCGUUGCCCGACUCAAAGAGGCCUACCCAGCUGAGUUCGAGAAGCAGACCAUCACCACUCACGUCUGCGACCUCUCCAAUGCUACCGACCUGAACGACAACCUGGAAAAUCUCUUCGAAGCUGCGACAAAUAGUGGCACUGACAAACUGAACCAUGUCGUCUCGACUGCAGGCGAUGCUCUUAAUCUACCCACACUCGCCGAUCUUACGCCCGAUGCUAUCUACAGCGGCAUGACCGUUCGCUACGUCGCGCCGACAAUGAUGGCCAAGUUCAUUCCGAAAUACGUUGUGAAUUCACCAUCCAGCUCCUUCACCUUGACUGGCGGUAUGCGAUACAAGAAACCCGCCCCCGGCUGGACUUUGGCUACGGCUAUGUGCAGCGGAAUCGACGGUCUGGCUCGUGGUCUUGCUUUAGACCUGCAGCCUGUGCGGGUAAAUGUAGUCCAUCCGGGCGCUGUGAACACGGAGCUGUUUGGCAUGUUCCCCAAAGAGCAACUGGAGGCUAUGUUGAAGAUUUUCCGGGACAGUUCAUUGACUGGGACUGUUGGAAAGCCGGAGGAUCUGGCGGAGAGUUAUAUCUACCUUAUGAAGGAUGAAUUUGUGACUGGAUCGGCCAUUGAGUCGAGUGGUGGGGCUUUGUUGAAAUAGAUAUUGUGUCAAUAUCUGAGAAACUGUCAAUUCAUAUUAUUCUAAG